AAUGAACAGGCGUCGCGCAUACUCUCCCUGGAAUCUCAGCUGACGGAGAAGGAGAAGGCAGCAGAGCGACAGUCUGCAGAACUCCAAGAAGCCAAAACCAAAGCUGCCUCACUGGAGGCAGAAAUUACCUCGCUGCAGUCCCAGGUGGAUAGCCUCCUGCAGGCGGUUACGGAGAAAGAAGCGCUGGUAAGUCACUGGCGUGUUUUUUUUACCGGCUUUACACACGGAAGAGAAAGAGAUUGGUACGAAUGA